UGCCUGUUUGUGACGGAUAUACCCAGUUGUUGUUGCUUUUGGAGUCUGCGCAAACGUGCGGACCCUGUCAAUCUCUGCCAGGACGUCCGACCAAUCUGCCAGUCCAUCGGAUGAUCUCUUGACUUUUCGCGCCGUCUCUCUCUGGUGAUACUUGCCCUGUGAGCUGCUUCAACCUCGCGUCCGCCUUUUCCUUGCCAGCCUGCGAGGCCUUGGCAAGAGCUUUAGAAUUUGGAUCAUCCAUAAGUGAGUUUGUACGAUGAAAGGAAAGCCGCGUCAUGAAAGAGAAUGCGCACCUUCAUAAACCCAAUCAUGGUUUUGAGAUGCCUGAGACUGAAGAUCGUUCCCAUUCUAGAUCCCGUGACUCUUCCGCUGGCACGUCCCCUCUGACCAUAGUCAUCGGGCCUCGGAAGUCGGAAGAGACGUUUGGCAACAAUCGCCUCACCAGCUCUUGAAGCAGGUAACCACAAGUCUCCUGCAUUGUUCUACGGACAAUCUAGCUAUUGCCGAGGUGUUCAGCCUUAUCGCGCAUACCAUUACUAGGCAGAACAGGCUGUUGUGCACUAGUGGGGACAGACACCUGCCCAGUCAGCCGAGUCGUGGAUUGAAUCGUGUUAGUCUAACACCAGGAGAUUCCAUCUAACAACAACCCAGUCCGGAAAAGAGAUUGGCACUCCAAGUUUCCUGUCUAUCCGGAAGUGAAAAGGAUUCUGAAAGUAGGAAGCAUUUUGUGUUUUGAUAGCGCCCAGAUGUCGCAACGUACCAUCAACAGAUUACUCGUGGCAAAUAGGGGUGAAAUUGCAAUCAGAGUACUAUUGAGCGCUCGUGAGCUCGGUAUUGCAACGAUUGCCAUCUACACUCAAGAUGACCCAAACCAUGCGGCCGUCGCUGAUGAAGCGGUUCUUCUCGACGCACCGGAGGACUUCAUCGACAUCAACAAGAUAGUUCGCAUUUGUCGCGUCCAGAAAGCUGAUGCACUUCAUCCAGCAUAUGGAUUUUUAUCCGAGAAUCCUUCGCUUGUUGAACAACUGACUCAGGCGGGAAUCACAUUCGUCGGACCAACGGCACAAAUGCUACGCGAAACAGGUGACAAAACCCACGCUCGUUCUUUGGCUAUCCGCAAUGGCGUCCCGGUCCUUGCAGCGUCGGAUGGUGCCAUCAGCUCUCUCGGAGAUGCAAAAGCUUUCAUCCACUCCGUGGGAUACCCUGUCAUGAUAAAAGCAGUCGAUGGUGGUGGCGGACGCGGCAUCCGGCUAGUCGAGCGAGCCAUGGACCUCGAGAGUUCUUUCUCUCGUGCCUGCGGCGAAUCACCCAGCGGUCAAGUCUUUUUGGAGAAGGCCGCCAUUGACGGCUUUCGACACGUUGAGGUGCAGAUAAUAGGCGACAACUACGGAGAGGUCACCCACUUGUGGGAGCGUGAAUGCAGCAUUCAGAGAAGGUUCCAAAAGGUGAUCGAGCUCGCUCCAUCCAUGGUCACAGAUCGUCGUGUGAUUCAAGAUGUUAUCAACGGUGCGCUACGCCUCGCUCGCUGCAUCCGCUACCAAUCGCUUGGAACACUUGAGUUCUUGGUGCACGAAUCCUCUGGAGAAUAUUACUUCCUUGAAGUCAAUCCCCGCCUUCAAGUGGAGCACACUAUCACCGAAGAGGUGGCAGGAAUUGACAUUGUACGCUCUCAGCUACUUCUUGCCCUUGGUACUCCACUGGCAGACCUCGAUCUACCCUCACGGCGAUUUCCCGACAGUACUUCGAUGCGACAGUAUGCCAUCGAGCUUCGAGUGACCGCCGAGAACGCCAAAAAGGACUUCCAGUUGAGCAUGGGCCGCAUUUCCCGUGUUAUACUACCGGAAGGUCAAGGCGUCCGCGUAGAUACUCAUCUAAGGCAGGCAGAGAACACUACAGUAGGGCCAGCCUAUGAUUCGCUGCUGGCCAAACUGAUUAUCAGAGCGUCCAGCUUCGAGGUAGCCAGAGUGAAAGCGAUCCGAGCAUUACUGUCAUUUCAAAUAACUGGUGUUGAGACCAACAUACCAGUUCUCCUCGGAGUUUUGCAAUCAGAAGACUUCACUCAUGGCGCCUGCUCGACACGAUGGCUGGAGACUAACUUGCCGACAGUGCUGCACAGAGGUUCGGAGGCUAUCUCACGAUACGCCCAGUCAAAGCGGGCGCCAUUGGACUUGGAUUCUGACAAUAGUGAGUCAUUGACCAAUGCACCCGGUGCCAAUGGGGUGCUUUUCAGGAAGGGGGAUCGUUUCAAGAUCAGACUGGAGGAAACAAAGGACUCCGAGGCGACCGCGGUCGAAGAAUACCUCGUUAAAGUCGAUCGGAUCCGCACAAAUAACUUCCCUACCGAAGUUUGUGCGAAUGUUACCUUGAUACCUUCAGCUAGAAACCUAACUCAGAGGAAUGGCAUUGCCACCGUUCAGUCGUCGAUGGAAGCUUCUGUGGCCUCAGCUGCGCAUCCCAUGGGAAAUAUAAGCGAUCCUCGUCACGUCUGCCUCCCAUUUUCGGGUCAAUUCUUGCAACUGGCGGUUGAGGAGGGAGACGAAGUCAGCGAAAAUGACUUGUUGUGCGUUGUCAAGCAAAUGAAAAUGGAGCUCGAAGUGAGAGCUCCAAACGAUGCGGUCGUCAGCUGGGUGUGUCAGGUUGAGGAAGGCGAGACUGUAAAGGAAGGUAUGCUGGUGUGUGUGCUGGAUUGGGUGGACAAGAAUGCAGGAUCUCAAGUGGGAAAGGCUGAAUCUUUGGCGAAACUAUAAGCUGUCGAGCCUGCUUGACAAAAAUUCUAUUUCAUCUGAAGCGAAGUCCAACGUGUGAAUUCUUGCCGGGCUUUGCAAUCUGCUGCAUGAUUUACUAGACUUGCAGUAAUAUAGGCUCGUGUUACGAGGUGGAUCAAACGGACAAGCACAGCAUCUCGUAAUCUGAACGAAAGGGCAAGACUAGUAUAUAUAUUGUCAAAAUUACACCGCUUCAAUCUCAGAUCAAAUCAUUUAUGCUUCA